AAGGAGAAGUUUGUAACGUUUCAACCCUCCAGUUGUGUCGAAAGUAAAUAUAUACGAAUAAACAUAAAUUCUUAACGCUAGAUAUUUUAUUAACACUUUAAGCGUGUAUUGAACUGUUCACUGUAACGAACGAACGAAGAUUGUAUUUCUAAAAGGUACUCGUAACAAACCCACCCUACGGCGGUGCAACACCCCCGCCCCAAGCCCAUCAAGUGAAGAACAGUCUCGUGUACAAGGGACUAAAAGCACCCAGAGGGUUCUGUCAACAAUCCACGGUGAAUCGUACCGACAAUUCUAACAGAAAAAAGAACAAAAAAAAAAAAUAGUGAAAGAGAACAAAAACCGUGGUUCUUGCAGAAAAGUGUAGCAAAACAAUCCCCUAAUUAUACGAAACCCCAGCAACCCCAUAGAAAGAAAUAUAAUCUAAUCGUCGGUGAGUAAAAGUAUCCAACCAGUGUUAUUAACAAUCCCAGUGUAAAUUACGACGACCAGUCCAACGAAAACUCGCGGAUAGAGGACCCAGGAGGGACAUAUAAAACUCCACCUAUAUCCUGAAACCACGAAAGGAAUACAUUAAGCACAAGUGACGAAGAGCACCCAGUGGACACUAUCAGCAGUCGCCAGUGGUGAAGUAUAUUAUACUAAUAAAAUUGCAAAGAGGGGACGAUACACACAGAGCAGUCGACAAAUGUCGAGCGAACGAUGAGACACUCGAGGUUACAAGCAGGGUGGAGUAGCUCUUCAAUCGGCGGAUCGUACUCCAGGUGCAGGAAGUGUCCGACUAAAAUGUGGCUGCCGGCGCUGUUACUCUGCUCCCUGCUUAGGACAGGGGCGGCGAUCAAACUUCUGAGGCUGGACGUGCCGAGUAUAGCGGAUCCCAGGUGGGACAAAGUAACGUUGAGGUGCGAGUACGAUCUGGCCGGGAAGGAUUUGUACUCGGUGAAGUGGUACAAGGACGGGGCCGAGUUCUUCAGGUUCAUGCCAGGCUCGACACCAACGGGCCGUGAUUUCCCGGUCGAGGGUGUGUACGUCGAUGUAAAUAGAAGCGACAGCAAGCAAGUGACGUUGCUGGGACAGGCGAACACCCGCAGAGGUAAGGUGAACCUCGUGGGAUCGUAUGGCUGCGAGGUGUCCUCCGAGGCUCCGAGCUUCCUGACAAGCUACGAGGUAGCGAACAUGAGCGUCGCCAUACCACCGAAGGAACGACCCAACCUCCAAGGGCUUCGACCUUCCUACGAGACCGGCGAGAACCUUCACGCGGAGUGCACCUCCGCGCCGAGCUAUCCAGCCGCGGUGCUUGCUUUCAUCUUAAAUGGGAACGAGGUGAACGAAGCGUUUACGAAGGAGCUACCAAUUGAUGGCCCAUCCGAUGACAACAUCGUAUCAUCGAGUCGUUUAAGUCUGUCGCUCCGUUUGGAACGACACCAUUUCCCUGGCGGAACUUUAAGUCUCACCUGUCAGUCCACCUUGCCGGGAAUCAAAGGUGCCAGAGCACUGGAGACGACGGAAACCGCGACGCUGGCUGCCAGUAAUCAACGACUCGCUCAAGAACCCCCUAGAUCCGGCUCCAGCUUCAACAUUCCCGUUUUGUCGACCAUGAUGCUCUGUAUACUGGCCACCGUCGAAUCAGUUUGUUGCGGACUGUGA